AUUGUAUACUGUUUCUCUACCACUCAAAAUUCAAUGAAAAGAAGAUAAGGUUUGGUAUAUUUUUGAGUAUAAAGAGUGGUAGAACAGAGAGGGUGAUGAAGAGAAGAGAAAUAUGGCAACAGCAAAAGUAACUGUUGGUCUUGGUGGCAUCACCAAUGUGCCUGGAGCUCCCAACAACGUGGAGAUCGAACAUCUGGCUCGCUUCGCCGUUCACUAUUACAACCAUCAGCACAACGCAGAUUUGGAGUUUGUGACAGUGAUAAGUGCAAAGAAGCAGGUGGUGAGUGGGGUGUUGUAUUACAUAACCUUGAUGGUCAAAAAUGGCGAAACCAAAAUCCUGUAUGAAACCAAAGUGUGGGUGAGAGAAUGGUUGAAGUCUAAGGAGGUGCUGGAAUUCAAAGUCGUCGACGAUUCAACCACAAAAUUAGGCACAGGUGAAAGAAAGGAUGUUCCUGCCGACACCCCUUACAUCCAAAAUCUCGGUCGCUUUGCCGUUGAUCAAUACAACAAAGAGCAGAAUGCAAAUUUGAAGUUUGUGAGGGUGAUUCAUGCAAAGUUGCAGAUAGUGAAAGGGUCCUUAUACUACCUAACUUUGGAAGCAAAAGAUGCUGAGAGUAAAAAUGUGUAUGAAGCGCAGGUGUGGGAGUUCAACUCCACUGAAUUGGUGGAAUUCAAGCGUGUCAAUGAUGCUCUUUAAUCUUCUUUCCACUUUUCAAGACUACGUACUUUUAUUAUGCAUGUAUGCUAUAAAUAAAUGUAACUCAUGUUACGUACCCACCACCACCAUGUAUUCUCAUCAACUCCACUAUAA